AUGUUUGCGUUAAAGAAUAUCGCUAGCGUGGCCCUACUCCUGGCACAGUCUACGACUGUCCAGUCUAUGGACCUGGAUAGCAGAAAGGGCAUUCUCGAGGCUUCCAAGGCCCUGGCUGGGGACCUUAUCGAGUUCUACAAUGGCAACAAGAGCGGUAAUAUCCCAGGGCUCCUAGAAGAGGACAACGGACUGGGUGAUGGCUACUAUUGGUACCAGUCGGGAGCUUUCAUGAGCUCCCUCGUUGACUAUUGGCAAUUGACCGGCGACGACACCUACAACGACCUUGUUGCAGAAGGCAUUCAAUGGCAGAUUGGACGGGACAAGGAUUUUAUGCCGGCCAACCAGACUGCACGAGAAGGAAACGACGAUCAGGCUAUCUGGGCAAUGGCUGCCAUGACGGCUGCUGAGUAUGGUUUCCCUGCGCCCUCAGACAAAAAGGCCCAGUGGUACAAUCUCGCCAAGAACACUUGGGAUACACAGCGCAAACGAUGGGACGCCGAAGAUGACAGUGAGGUCUGUUACGGUGGCCUCCGAUGGCAGAUCAUGCCCACCAAUAGUGGUUUCACUUAUAAGCAAACUUUGUCGACUGCGUUGUUCUUCAACUUGGGAGCACGCAUCUAUCGAUGGACCGGUAGCGAGGAGGUAGCGGACUAUGUCACAAUGUCCUACUCGUGGCUCGACGAGAGACAUCUCAUUGACAGCAAGACUGGCGCUGUUUAUGAUGGUGCGCAUGUUGAUGACAACUGCACUACUAUCAACAAAGUCCAGUGGUCGGUCAAUGCCGCGUCACUUUCCAUGGGCCUUGCCUACUUGUACAAUACUACCUCUCAGGAGGACGACACAUGGAGGAGGCUUACCGAGGAGAUGGUCACGACCACUCUUGACACUUUCUUCACCAAAAACGGUGAAUUCAAGGAGGUCGCAUGCACAAAGGGCACUUGCCCCCGUGAUAUCCUUACUUACAAGGCCCUUACCCACAGGUGGCUCGCUGUUACCACAAAACUUGCUCCCUUCUUAUCCAGCAAGGUUCUCCCUGUCCUCGUCAAAUCAGCCAAGAGCCUCAAGGCUGAGAGCAACGGCAAUGAUGCACUGGAGCAGAAGCUUGCCAACUUCGCCGUCAUUUCCAACUUGUUGAUUGCGGACUCUGCUGCUCCCAUGACUCAGAACCAAGCCAAGACAGAGGAUGAUUCUUCAGAUACUACUAGCUCGGCUCCCACCAACUCCGAUGCUGCUGCAUCGGCGACAACGAGUGCCGAUCAGGGCAACUCUGCUAUUAGCCUUGCAGGUUCGGGUAGCCUUUUGGCUCUCCCUAUGCUCAUCGUGGCUUUCCAAGGGUACCUGUAG